AUGGAGCUCAUCGCCAGAUCCAGUGCUAACUAUGUCCGCAGGCCGAGUGGAAAUGCCAACGGACUUGAACGUGCUCGCAAGACUCUGCUUGACAAAUCUGACUGGGUCGGACUCGCCACCGUACGGCCAUUGAAGUCGAAUCCACGUGCCCGAGACGAUAUGGAAGGACUAGGUCGUCGACGCAAGACUGCACAGUUCAAGCGAGGAACUCCGAUGUCUCAGAAGGAUUCAGUCCAGAGAGUAUUACGCUCGACGCGGCGUGCUCUUCGAGUUCCAUCUUUGCGCACAGAAGAGAUCAGCCUGAGAAUAGGGUCCAACUUACAUCAGACUCAAACCACCCCGAGCGUUGUUGUCCGAAAAGAGCCUAUCCACACAGCAGAAAGAGCUAUACAUGAACUGGUGCCAUCUGACAAGGUUUGGGACCGGAAGGAAACAGGCAAAACGGGGAAGGAGACACGAGGAACGAGCAGUGACAGCACCCACUCCUAUGCCUGCGAGCCAAGGACGGGGAGGACUGCUGACCUCAACUCCGCGGACAGGAACAAUCUCAUCACCCUCGACGAAGUUGUUGCCCUUGGCCUAACAUCCUGGGACAAAGUCCGUGGGCACGCUGGGUUAGGGGUUAAUACAAGUGUUUCGAUUGCGAAUUCUUCACGCAAGGAGAAAAAUUCACUGGGUACCCAAGUGGACGUCCAUUGGAAGCACGCCUCGCAUCAAGAAGCCGAAGCACUUGCUAUUCCUGGCAGUUCUCGGGAACAGCUCCACAUGCAGGCCUCGAGACCAGACUUGCCAGAUAUAAUCCGCCGCGUUAUUGCCGUGGGGCUAAUAAAAGAUGGCUCAGGACAAAACUCAUAUCCAGCACCCUUUCCCGAGCCAGUUCUGCAUGCUUGCCACCCUCCUGGGCCGAGCCACUCCUUGGUUGAUGAAAGCAUCCCCGUCGCUCCGGAAGCUACGUACAAAUACGAUGUGGCGAUCGAUGCCGAACUGCCAUCCCACCCACAAUUUACGUUGGAUGAUCAAGUGAAGCUAGAGCAGACGGUGGAGGAGCUCGAGCAGGAAAGUCAGCAGGUAGGGGAAUCGUCCUCUGCUGCUGACAAUUCCGGUCAAAGCGAUACAGUUGAUUCGCCAUGGUGCUCUCGAAGCAUCAGCACAUCCGCGGUCGGUGUCGUGAAUGACAGGGCUCUCUCUAAGAGUCCGUAUAUCUUCAGUUCGAGCGAGGACGAGUCUCACGCCCGCCAUAAUCCUGCCACUAGGACUGCUGGCAACUUGACGAAUUGCGUCACCACAGAACAGAAACUUCAAGCAGAAGAAAUUGCCACCCACAUGACUACUGAGGCAGGAUUCAUGCUUGCCUCCCAGGGUGUCGAGGCUCAGCUUGACGCAGUCCCAAUCAUCGACAAGGAAUUGUACUCUCGCCAUGGCAUUUCCAGCACCUGGGUUGGGCCAGAGCGACCGGAGUCAGCGCUUAGAUUUUUCGGGUCGCCCACUUCCAUCCCCACUACUGUGAACACUUCGAUCUUCAUACCACUCCCGGCAGAUCGUGACCAUUCCGAGACAGAUUUUCUUUCAGAAUUCAGUCCAAUGGAGGGCCGCCUCGACGAGAGACUGGUCGAUAUAUCACUAUACAACAACGCUUCGAAGACCGACCCUGGAAUUGGCACUAGCCCGACGGGAGGGUUGCUGGGUUCUGGAAGUACAGCCAGCAGGAAUCUUCCAAUGUCACUUAUACCAGCAAAAAGGAAAGCACCAGAUCAAUCCAGGGAACGAACAUCAUCAGGUUGGCUCAAGUCCAUAGAUUGCUCAGGUCCGAAGUCAUUGCCGCCGCCGCACAGCCAGCUGAGCGCCUGGUCCUUUGGCGACUCCGUAGAUCCUGGACGAGAUAGUACUGGGACAACAAUCAAGCGACUGUCAGCAGCAGCCUGCCCUGACCGAGCCACAGCAUUCCGGGAUAUGGUCAAUGGGCUUGGUAAGACUCAAACUCUGGUACAAGACGGUUUGAAGAAGAACGAGCAGGGAUUGAAUAUCGUGGCACACCGGGAGGGAGCCUCUACUAGCAUUUUCGGCAGGAGCGACAAGCUGACGGCGGGUUCGUCGCCGUCUCGCUCGUGCAGGGCUACGAGAUCGACGAUUAGAGAUUACGCGCAGCCAGCCUCGUUUCAAUCGUGGUCCGACGUUUCCACUCCAGCAACACCACGGUUCGCUGGCUUAGAAGCUGCAGAUACUCCUCUGCCGGCUCCGAUGCAGUCAAUGACCUUACUGAGGCAAUGUGAAAGAAACAACCACAUUGCGAGCAACGGUGACCCUCAGCCACGAGAUUUUGUCCAUGGAACUACUCAGUUUUCUACUCAAGUACCCCUAUGGAGCGAAGGCCAAUGA